CCAACGUGAUUUGGAGUCAUAAUCAUAACCUAAGCACCCGAUUCCCUAGCUUCACCGUGCCGUGGCCGCGCGGUGCGGGCGCUUAUCUAAUCUACUUUCUUCGCCUCAUCACGAGCACCCGCCGGCAGGAGGACACAACAAACCAACCACAAGGCAGCAAGCAGACAGACGGGCAGCGAGGGCAACCCGAGAGCGGGCUACCGGAGGAAGCGUGAGCGAUCAGCAAUGGGCAACUUCAUCUCGAGCUUAGUGACGCCCCCUCCGGCCGCCGACGACCCGAACUGCGCCGUGGUGGCCGCCCACUCCAAGACCACCUACGACGAGCAGUGGGCGGCCCACAAGAACGGGGGCAAGCUGAUGGUGAUCGACUUCUCGGCGUCCUGGUGCGGGCCCUGCCGCUUCAUCGAGCCAGCCUUCAAGGAACUGGCCUCCCGCUUCACCGACGCCAUCUUCGUCAAGAUCGAUGUCGACGAGCUCGCGGAGGUCGCAAGGACAUGGAAGGUAGAGGCGAUGCCAACGUUCGUACUAGUGAAGGAUGGGAAGGAGGUAAGCCGUGUGAUCGGGGCCAAGAAGGACGAGCUUGAGAGGAAGAUCCAGAUGUUCAUCAUGUCAUCUUCCUCAUCCUAACUUAGCAGUGCAUACAAUCCCAUCUUGUAACUGGUUUCUCGACUCCAGUGGUUCGCUUGGGCCGGGGUUGCUGAAAUGGUUCCCUUUGAAUGCUGGAAAAAAAAACUAUGUGAAAAUGAUGGUAGACGUGCCUGGGUCAAUAAGAGUUUCUGAAACUUGGGUGUGAAUGUGUUAGUUUGCGUGUUCUGUUUGCAAGGAAUGGAUCAUGUGAGUUGCUGCAUGGUUUCAGAAAUGGAACAGAGCUGGAGAUUAUGUUGUA